AUGACUGGACCACUUAAAUCAAACUGCCAGAGCAGAGGGGGAGACGGAGGGGAGAUGGAGAUAGAGACUGUGGGGGAGACGGAGGUUGAGAUGGAGGGGGAGAGUCAUAAAUCACUACCAGAGAAGGGUAAGACCUGCUUUUUCACUUCCAGGAGGAAACAAACGGUCUAGUUCCCCUGUCUGUCUGUUAGUUCACCUCUCGCAGGGCUCUUGUAUGGUUGGCAUUUCCUCAGGAUAGAGUUAUAGAAAAAGGGUAUAUUACUGAACCAGAGGCCCGUUUUUUAACAGUGGGUUUGCCCUUACGGAUGCCUUUUCAACCGCACUAACUGUCUGAAUGCACUGUAACACUUUAGUUAUACAGUUGUACUGCACGUCGAAUGAAGCCUUAGACCGGCAUGCACUCACAGUACAGUGGCUAGUUACACAAGUGUGCGUUGAACGCAGCCUUAUCAAACUGUUUAGGAAUGUUCCGUGCUGGGGGUACUAGAGUUUGUUAGCAUUUUUGCACCUAAACACAUGAAGCUUCAAGUGUGAGUUCCAGGAGCUACAGUGGAAGCCAUAGCUCUAAAACAGUACUUACCCUCGUGUGUAACAUACCGGAAAGUAAAUGCAAUAAUUCAUUUUAUACACGUCUUUUCUUUACCGUAAACCUCCCACCUGCUCCAUUCGUAUUCUCCACCCUCUUGAAAGGAUUACAACAACGAUCCCCCCAUAGAGGCACUAAAGUGCUAUUUGUUGGCUCUCUCUUAAGAGGCUGAAUGGAGUUAGUGUGGUUCUCUUUUUAUUGCAUUUUCAUUAGUGGUGAUAUACUCAGUCUGGCAGGAACUACUGACUAGAGUAUACAGGUAUAUGUAAUAUCUCUGGUUCUCCGGAAAUGUAGUAUAUUGUCUUUGGAGGUUGGUAAAUGGAAAGAAGAAACUGCAGUGUAUACAAAGAAUCUGAUAGUUGAACUAAAUACUAAUUCACUUCAAUCCAUUUUAACUGGAUUUAUAGCCAUUUUAUUUUUGUAUCAAAACACUUGCAGUUCUACUGCUGUUACAUUCAUGUGGGUCAGAUGUUGCAUAGCAACAAUCAUUUUCCAUAUAAAGUUAAUAUAAAGUUGACCUGUAUUAAAUGCACUCCACUGCAUCUUCGAUAGUACAAACAUGUCCCAUUUCAGUCCACAACUCCACCAUGCUGAGAGCUAACCCUUUUCUUUCACAGCAGUUAAAGCAUCCAGAAUCAAGUUCAUCUUGGUAUGCGACUGUGCUUUCACUGGCCAGCGGUUGUACUGUAGCACGAGUCGUGCGUUUGUCUCAGAGCAAAAAGACAGAUGGCUGGAGCUGACACUGGCUCUGAUAAAGUCAGUGUGGGUCGAUUGCCAGUAUGUGAUUUCAACUGUAUUCUCAGCAUUGGUCUAGCCUAAUGUGUAACGGUCGGAGAAAAAACAAAGCACUGUGCUCCGAAAUGGAUGAUUUCAGACAUGUCAAAAACAAAAUAGAUCCAUAUUGGUCUGGCAAGUGUCAGAUGUGCUUGUGAAACACACUGUCCACGAUGGUCAAUCAUUUGGCUGAUGUGUUUUGUCAAUGGGAAGCCAAUGGAAAGUGUGUGAGUAGUAUAUUAUUGUGGAGGCUGUGAACUCUGAGGGAGGGAGGGAGGGAGGGAGGGAGGGAGGGAGGGAGGGAGCGAGGGAGGGAGGGAGGGAGAGAGGGAGGGAGGGAGGGAGAGAGGGAGGGAGGGAGAGAGACAGAGAGAGAGAGAGGGAGGGAGAGAGACAGAGAGAGAGAGAGAGAGAGAGGGAGGGAGAGAUAGAGAGAGAGGGAGGGAGAGGGAGAGAGAGAGAGGGCUCUGUUCACAAACACAAACAGACCCCACACAGCCCCAGGACAACAACAACAACACAAUUAGACCCAACCAAAUCAUGAGAAAACAAAAAGAGAAUUACUUGACACAUUGGAAAGAACAAACAAAAAAACAGAGCAAACUAGAAUGCUAUUUGGCCCUAAACAGAGAGUACACAGUGGCAGAAUACCUGACCACUGUGACUGACCCAAACUUAAGGAAAGCUUUGACUAUGUACAGACUCAGUGAGCAUAGCCUUGCUAUUGAGAAAGGCCGCCGUAGGCAGACCUGGCUCUCAAGAGAAGACAGGCUAUGUCCACACUGCCCACAAAAUGAGGUGGAAACUGAGCUGCACUUCCUAACCUCCUGCCAAAUGUAUGACCAUAUUAGAGACACAUAUUUCCCUCAGAUUACAGCGAUCCACAAAGAAUUCGAAAACAAACCCAAUUUUGAUAAACUCCCUUAUCUACUGGGUGAAAAACCACAGUGUGCCAUCACAGCUGCAAGAUUUGUGACCUGUUGCCACAAGAAAAGGGCAACCAGUGAAGAACAAACACCAUUCUAAGUACAACCCAUAUUUAUGUUUAUUUAUUUUCCCAUUUGUACUUUAACUAUUUGCACAUUGUUACAACACUGUAUAUAUACAUAAUAUGACAUUUGAAAUGUCUUUAUUCUUUUGAAACUUCUGAGUGUAAUGUUUACUUUUAAUAUUUAUUGUUUAUUUCACUUUUGUUUACUAUCUACUUCACUUGCUUUGGCAAUGUUAACACACGUUUCCCAUGCCAAUAAAGCCCUUAAAUUGAAAUUGAAUUGAAAUUGAGAGAGAGAGGUGACGUACGUGCCAGCCUCACCAUGUGCUUCGAGUUAGAGCGGCAAAGUGUCUCAGACUUUUAUUAUUUUCACUUUCCUCCCCCUAAAUGAUCAUCCUCAUUGACAGAUCCAUUUACAUUUACAUUUACGUCAUUUAGCAGACGCUCUUAUCCAGAGCGACUUACAAAUAGGUGCAUUCACCCUAUAGCCAGUGGGAUAAUCUUUUUUUUUUGUUUAGGGGGGGGGGGGGGGGGGGGGGGUAGAAGGAUUACUUUAUCCUAUCCCAGGUAUUCCUUAAAGAGGUGGGGUUUCAAAUGUCUCCGGAAGGUGGUGAGUGACUCAGCUGUCCUGGCGUCGUGAGGGAGCUUGUUCCACCAUUGGGGUGCCAGAGCAGCGAACAGUUUUGACUGGGCUGAGCGGGAACUAUGCUUCCGCAGAGGAAGGGGAGCCAGCAGGCCAGAGGUGGAUGAACGCAAUGCCCUCGUUUGGAUGUAGGGACUGAUCAGAGCCUGAAGGUACAGAGGUGCCGAUCCCCUCACUGCUCCAUAGGCAAGCACCAUGGUCUUGUAACAGAUGCGAGCUUCAACUGGAAGCCAGUGGAGUGUGCGGAGGAGCGGGGGUGACGUGAGAGAACUUGGGAAGGUUGAACACCAGACGGGCUGCGGCAUUCUGGAUGAGUUGUAGGGGUUUAAUGGCACAGGCAGGGAGCCCAGCCAACAGCGAGUUGCAGUAAUCCAGACGGGAGAUGACAAGUGCCUGGAUUAGGACCUGUGCCGCUUCCUGUGUAAGGCAGGGUCGUACUCUCCGAAUGUUGUAGAGCAUGAACCUGCAGGAUCGGGUCACCGCCUUGAUGUUAGCGGAGAACGACAGGGUGUUGUCCAGGGUCACGCCAAGGCUCUUCGCACUCUGGGAGGAGGACACAAUGGAGUUGUCAACCGUGAUGGCGAGAUCAUGGAACGGGCAGUCCUUCCCCGGGAGGAAGAGCAGCUCCGUCUUGCCAAGGUUCAGCUUGAGGUGGUGAUCCGUCAUCCAUACUGAUAUGUCUGCCAGACAUGCAGAGAUGCGAUUCGCCACCUGGUUAUCAGAAGGGGGAAAGGAGAAGAUUAGUUGUGUAUCGUCAGCGUAGCAAUGAUAGGAGAGGCCAUGUGAGGAUAUGACAGAGCCAAGUGACUUGGUGUAUAGGGAGAAUAGGAGAGGGCCUAGAACUGAGCCCUGGGGGACACCAGUGGUGAGAGCACGUGGUGCGGAGACAGCUUCUCGCCACGCCACUUGGUAGGAGCGACCGGUCAGGUAGGACGCGAUCCAGGAGUGAGCCGCGCCGGAGAUGCCCAGCUCGGAGAGGGUGGAGAGGAGGAUCUGAUGGUUCACAGUAUCAAAGGCAGCAGACAGGUCUAGAAGGACAAGAGCAGAGGAGAGAGAGUUAGCUUUAGCAGUGCGGAGAGCCUCCGUGACACAGAGAAGAGCAGUCUCAGUUGAAUGACCAGUCCUGAAACCUGACUGGUUUGGAUCAAGAAGGUCAUUCUGAGAGAGAUAGCAAGAGAGUUGGCUAAAGACGGCACGCUCAAUAGUUUUGGAAAGAAAAGAAAGAAGGGAUACUGGUCUGUAGUUGUUGACAUCAGUGGGAUCGAGUGUUGGUUUUUUGAGAAGGGGUGCAACUCUCGCUCUCUUGAAGACGGAAGGGACAUAGCCAGCGGUCAAGGAUGAGUUGAUCAGCGAGGUGAGGUAGGGGAGAAGGUCACCGGAGAUGGUCUGGAGAAGAGAGGAGGGGAUGGGGUCAAGCGGGCAGGUUGUUGGGCGGCCUGCAGUCACAAGUCGCAAGAUUUUAUCUGGAGAGAGAGGGGAGAAAGAAGUCAAAGCAUAGGGUAGGGCAGUGUGAGCAGGACCAGCAGUGUCAUUAGACUUAACAAACGAGGAUCGGAUGUCGUCAACCUUCUUUUCAAAGUGGUUGAUGAAGUCAUCCACAGAGAGAGAGAGGAGGGGGGGGGGGGGGGGGGGGGGGGAUUCAGCAGGGAGGAGAAUGUGGCAAAGAGCUUCCUAGGGUUAGAGGCAGAUGCUUGGAAUUUAGAGUGGUAGAAAGUGGCCUUAGCAGCAGAAACAGAUUAAGAAAAUGUAGAGAGGAGGGAGUGAAAAGAUCCAGUGGCGAUAGAAGUGCCACAUUCUAAAGUAUUACUUCUGACCAGGAACUAUGCAGUGUUUCAUAAUCAAAAUGUUCACUACUAGGACGUGUAAUGUGGAACGGAAGGAAGCUCUACAGUUCUAAGUUCAUUGCUGUCCAUUGAUGUCUUCCCAUGACUCCUCUCUCUUUGAUGGUUGUUUGUCUAAACUCAGCCAAUCAGCAUCCCUCUUAUCUUUAAGGGGACAGAAAUGUUUCAUGUCAUCAGAGCCAAUUGGCUUAUUCACUCUCACGCUAGGAUUAGAUGUGCUGCUAACCCAACUUUGAUGUGCUGGGUGGGUGUUGACAAAAUAACCCUUAAAAUAGCCCUAUCAGUCCAGCCCUGUCACAUUUCAUCCAACAACCAAAACAACAUCAAAUGCUACAUAGCUUAGUGUAGCUUGGGCCAGGUAAAUGAAUGUCGAUGAAGUGAGGAAUUUCCUCUCCAGCUACUGGCACCCAAAUGGCACUCUAUUCCCUAUAUAGGGCACUACUAUUGACCAGGGCCCAUAUGGCUCUGGUCAACAGCCUUUGUCUGUCGGUUUCCCCCUCUUCUAAUGCUAAUAACUGCUUUCCCUUUACAGAUGUCUGGUUGCCAAUAAAACCUGCCCAAAGAACCACAGCUGGAGCAACCGCUUGUGCAGAUGUAUGGCGGUGCAACGCGACACCCCUCCCCCGCCCCAGACACAACACUCGGGUGAGUAGGACCUAGUACUGAUGCUGAUACUGCACCUGUUGCACCGCUUAUUGGACUGAAUUACCGCUUAUUAGACUGAAUUACCGCUUAUUAGACUGAAUUACAGCUUAUUAGACUGAAUUACUGCUUAUUAGACUGAAUUAGCUACCGCUUAUUAGACUGAAUUAGUUACCGCUUAUUAGACUGAAUUAGCUACCGCUUAUUAGACUGAAUUACCACUUAUUAGACUGAAUUACCGCUUAUUAGGCUGAAUUACUGCUUAUUAGACUGAAUUACCGCUUAUUAGACUGAAUUACCGCUUAUUAGACUGAAUUAGCUACCGCUUAUUAGACUGAAUUAGCUACCGCUUAUUAGACUGAAUUAGCUACCGCUUAUUAGACUGAAUUAGCUACCGCUAAUUAGACUGAAUUAGCUACCGCUUAUUAGACUGAAUUACCGCUUAUUAGACUGAAUUACCGCUUAUUAGGCUGAAUUACCGUUUAUUAGACUGAAUUACCGCUUAUUAGACUGAAUUACCGCUUAUUAGACUGAAUUACUGCUUAUUAGACUGAAUUACCGCUUAUUAGACUGAAUUAGAUACUGCUUAUUAGACUGAAUUACCGCUUAAUGUGGUGAAUUAUGUUUCUCUUUGAGUUCAAUAUUACUAAGAUAGGCUUAUGCUGUUCUGAAGGUUUCCUAGUUGUGGUAUGUGGUAUGGAUUGAAGGUGGAGUCAAGAGAAGGUGUUGUGCACGAUUAAUGGUCUUUUAUUGGCCUCUUACAAGACUGUGACAGAGUGAAGCAACAUGCUACAGUAUAAUAAAGAAAGAAAACGGACACGGAGAAGGACAAUGUGCUCUUGGUUUUUUACAACAGCCCUCAAAAUCCUCACAGAGACACAGACCAGCACUUGAGUCUCUUCAACAACUCACCAACAAGAGAACAACUCAUUCCGCUCAAUUCAAUGUGACGCGAGAAUGUACGCGUGAUCCCCAUACACUAUUUACAAACCGAGUCCACAGAUGUUGAAAGCUCCCAGGCCACGUCUCAGUGAGUUGCCACUAUGAAAACACAACAUGGCAGUUGUUUUUCAGCGGACGUGGCUACGCAGUAGAGUGAUCUCUGAGUGAACAAACAAGAGACAGAAGAAUGCAGAAAGAAUCCCAGAGCUCUGGAUUCCAUAGUAUCGUCCCAAAUUCGACCCUAUUCCCUUUAUAGUGCACUACUUUUGACCAGGACCCAUAGUGAACUAUGUAGGGAAUAGGGUGCAUUUUGGGAUGCAGCCCAUGGCUCACGCCACUCUACCCCUGCCACACAAUGUUUAUGAAGCACUGAAAGCAGGAAGCCAAUCAAACAAUUCUGUUGUUGCAUGAAAGUUAAUCUCUCUUAACAGACUUGGCUUCAGAGUUUACUCACUCGUACUCCUGAGUGGCGCAGUGGUCUAAGGCACUGCAUCACAGUGCUAACUGUGCCACUAGAGAUCCUGGUUCGAAUCCAGGCUCUGUCGCAGCCGGCCGCGACCGGGUGACUCAUGGGCGGCACACAAUUGGCCCAGCGUCGUCCAGGGUAGGGGAGGGAAUGGCCGGCAGGGAUGUAGCUCAGUUGAUAGAGCAUGGUGUUUGCAACGCCAGGGUUGUGGGUUCGAUUCCCACGGGGGGCCAGUAUAUAUAAAAAAAAUGGUAUUCACUAACUGUAAGUCGCUCUGGAUAAGAGCGUCUGCUAAAUGACUAAAAUGUAUAUUAAAAAGGGUCUGGGUAAAUUGGGGAGAUCAAGCCAUCAACAUUUGGUUUAAUGGGGAUCACCCCUUUUCAUCAGCUGAUAAAUGUUUGAUCAAAGCAUUGCUGAUGUUUCUCAUGCAGUUGCCAAAUUAAAGAUGAUGUUGAUCAUCUGUAGGCUUAUUGUCCAGUCAUACAAUGGCAUUUACUGGCUGACAAUUAAUUGAAUUGCUCAUUGAUUAUCAUUCAACCCCAAUGCCAUGUUCUACAAUUUGAUGGAACCCAAAGAAACAUUUAGCUAGGCCUAUAUCUUCCACAUUACAGACGAAUAAUUCUACGAGAGGACUUGAUAGCAAGAGCCAUACGAGAGCUGCAGAGCUGAUUUAUGUUUCCUCUUCACACUAACCAGCUUUGACAGGCCCAAUCAGAGGUAGAUCUAGAAGCUUAGAGGUGCGUGCUCUGCUCUACUCUGCUCACAGGGACAGUGUGUCCCAAAUGGUGCAUUAGAGGUGCAUGUGUAUCCCAUGUGUAUCCCAAAUGGCUCCCUAUCCCCUAGAUUGUGCACUACUUUUGACCAGAGCCCUAUGGGCCCUGGUGAAAAUAAGCACACUAAAGGGAAUAUAGGGAGCCAUUUGGGACGCACCCAUGGAAUAGAAUGUCUCCGCUAUGCAGUCAGAGGCUCCCCAGGUCAGUAUGAAACACUAGCUGAAGUCUUCAGAGGAACAGACACCAAAACCCUAGAUCUGGACAGUUAUAGUGCCUGUGUAAUAUACAGUUGGUGUCAUUACUCCUAUAGGGGAUUAGGAUUUUGAUUUAGGGAGACAGAUAUGUCAUUGUGCCUUGGUUAUAGUCCGUCUGGAUUGAACCAUCAUCUAGAGUGCGGUAUCAUUCACAGAGGGAGGUGAGGUAGCUAGAUCUGGGUUUCGUUUUUCUUUGGUUUGACUGCAUCAGGGUUGUCACUAAUAACUAAUAGAGGGCUCACUCUCCUAUUUCUCUGCGAUCACCACAUCUUGCAUAAAGAGAGUAAGAGAGAGAGUGAGAGAAAGAGCGAGAGAGAGAUGGAGAGACGAAGGCAUACAGUGAGAGUGACAGAGAGAUGGAGAAAGCGAGAGAGGGGAGAGAUCGGAGAGAGAGAGUGAAAAAGAGAAAAUUAGAGAGAGAGGGAGAGAAAGAAAGAGAAAGAGUGAGAGUGUGUGUAGAGGGAAUGAACGUUUGUUUUUUGUCUCCAGGUUUGUGGUGAUCUCAUAAGUCACAUAAGUAAUGGUAGUUAUGGGUGACUCCCUCUGCUAAUCAACCAGAGUUUGGCUGGCAGCUACGUCCUCACUCCCUCCUGUCUCUCUCCCUUCAGAUAAGCAGAACAUUGGCUUAUAAGGAUCUCUACACAAGACAGAGGAGCUGAAGAUCAGUGAGAGACCUUUCUGGCUCCAUUAACUACAGUACACUACCUCCCCUGACGAUGACCAAAAUCAGAGAGACACCGUCGACACAUCGUUAAUUAUGGCGACGUCAGCGGGCACAGUGUCAAACUUCUGUGUAAAACUGUAAAAAACUUUGACUUGGUUGCCACUGAAAAUGUGGUGAUUUUUUUCAGCUUGCGAAGUUGUUGGAAAAGCCUAACUUGAUUUAUGAUUUACUGUAAAUUCGACUCAAUAAUUGACAAAUGACAUUGAUUCAUGGCAAACCACAGUGCAACAUUAUGCAUAUUCAAGCAUAUCCCAUAAGGAAUACUUGACCAAUUAUCGGAUGUGUUAUUGAAUAAAAUCAAUCACUAAAGACUCAUGAAUUAUGAAAAGUGGACAUUUAUUUUUCUCUUCAUCUGAAGCACCACAACAGCAAACAAUACAAGCAAACAGUUCAUUAAUGAGUUAGGGUUAGGAAACCUCUCUGUGGUUAACAUCUCUGUGCGUUGCCAUCGCAAUCUGGGUCUGUUCAUCAGCAAACACAUAAACACAGUAACGACAGGAAUUUAGUUCCUGACUGCAGCCAAAUCUCUCUCUCUCUCUCUCUCUCUCUCUCUCUCUCUCUCUCUCUCUCUCUCUCUCUCUCUCACACACACUUUCUCUCUCUCUCUCUCUCUCUCUCUCUCUCUCUCUCUCUCUCUCUCUCUCUCUCUCUCUCUCUCUCUCUGGAAGAUAUCACAUUUGUUUAUUCGCCUGUGUUGUAAGGAAAACAUCUGUUUGCUCCACUGGGGGGAAAAUAUAUUGUGAGGGAUUUAGGGCAGGAAUGCUCAAUCUUUUCAAUCUAUCUCCAAUAGUUUGCUGCUGUGAUGUCAAACAACAACUCUAGCUAACUUCCAAUUCUGCAGGAUAUUGCUAUGUUCUUCUUAUGUACAGAUAUAGGAUCUUCAUUUGACCAGUUUCUCACAGCAGGAAAGGUUAGGGCAAAUCAAGUCUGACAUUUUGAAGUGGGAAUUAAACUUUAGAAGCAAAUUUGCAUUUCCUUCUGUGCAGGAAAUUUCCUGCAACAACAGGGUGAUCAAAUUAAGAUCCUACAUCUGUAAGCUCUUCAGAAAAGUCCAAGUGUUCCAUACCAUCCGAUCCAGGGGGUUACAACAUCAACGUCUCCACACGGACGACUAGCCGAAAAUAGAACAUUUCACAAUCUGUUAACAAGUGCUGACAACUCACAAACGAUAGCAACCAGGGAUAUAAAACACAUCUGUCUUUAGAACACCUGCAUAUCAUCACUGGCGCCGGAGGGGAGGAGAUGGCUGCCAUUUUACGGCCCCCUGACCAAUUGUGCUAUUAUGUGUGUUUUUUCGCGUUAUUUGUUAUUUAUUCUGUACAUAAUGUUUCUGCCACCGUCUCUUAUGACCAAAAAUAGCUUCUGGAUAUCAGAACAGCGAUUACUCCCCUCGUAUUGGAAGAGUAUUUUAUCUUCAACGAGUCGGACGUGAAGGAUAUUCAACAGACACCCGACAAGGCCCAAAUCCCCGUCAUUUGCAUGAGAAAGAGACAGAGAUAUUGUGGAUGUAGGUCGGGGUGCCUUGUAAGGAUCCAACGGCGAGCGAGUAAUCUGCCUCUUCCAUCAGUCCUAUUAGCCAACGUACAAUCAUUGGAAAACAAAAUGGACGACCUAAGAUCAAGGAUAUCCUACCAACGGGACAUUAAAAACUGUAAUAUCUUAUGUUUCACCGAGUCGUGGCUGAACGACGACAUUGAUAACAUACAGCUGGCGGGAUAUACGCUACAUCGACAUGAUAGAAUGGCUGACUCCGGUAAGACAAGGGGUGGCUGUCUGUGUAUAUUUGUAAACAACAGCUGGUGCACGAAAUCUAAUAUUAAGGAAGUCUCCAGGUUUUGCUGUAGACCACACUAUUUACCAAGAGAGUUUUCUUCAAUAUUUUUCGUAACUGUCUAUUUACCACCACAAACCGAUGCUGGCACUAAGACUGCACUCAAUGAGCUGUAUAAGGACAUAAGCAAACAGGAAAACGCUCAUCCAGAGGCAGCGCACCUAGUGGCCGGGGACUUUAAUGCAGGGAAACUUAAAUCCGUUCAACCUCAUUUCUACCAGCAUGUUAAAUGUGUUACCAGAGGGAAAAAAAACUCUAGACCACCUUUACUCCACACACAGAGACGCAUACAAAGCUCUCCCUCGCCCUCCAUUUGGCAAAUCUGACCAUAAUUAUAUCCUCCUGAUUCCUGCUUAUAAGCAAAAACUAAAGCAGGAAGCACCAGUGACUCGGUUAAUAAGGAAGUGGUCAGAUGACGCAGAUGCUAAGCUACAGGACUGUUUUGCUAGCACAGACUGGAAUAUGUUCCGGGAUUCUUCCGAUGGCAUUGAGGAGUACACCACAUAAGUCACUGGCUUCAUCAAUAAGCGCAUCGAAGACGUCAUCCCCACAGUGACCGUACGUACAUACCCCAAAUAGAAGCCAUGGAUUACAGGCAACAUCAGCACUGAGCUAAAGGGUAGAGCUGCCACUUUCAAGGAGCGGGACUCUAACCCGGACGCUUAUAAGAAAUCGCGCUAUGCCGUCCGAACUAUCAAAUAGGCAAAGCGUCAAUACAGGACUAUGAUUGAAUCGUACUACACCGCCUCCGACGCUCGUCAGAUGUGGUAGGGCUUGCAAACUAUUACAGACUACAAAGGGAAGCACAACCAUGCUCGCUUCCAGGCAAGCCACACUGAAGCAUGCAUGAGAGCAUCAGCUAUCCCGGAUGACUAUGUGAUCGCGCUCUCCUUAGCCAAUGUUAGUAAAACUUUUAAGCAGGUCAACAUUCACAAGGCCAGACAGAUUACCAGGACGUGUACUCCGAGCAUGCGCUGACCAACUGGCAAGUGUCUUCACUGACAUUUUCAACAUGUCCCUGACUGAGUCUGUAAUACCAACAUGUUUCAAGCAGACCACCAUAGUCCCUGUGAACAAGAACACUAAGAUAACCUGCCUAAAUGAUUACCGACCCGUGGCACUCACAUCUGUAGCCAUGAAGUGCUUUGAAAGGCUGGUCAUGGUCACAUCAACACCAUUAUCCCAGAAACCCUAGACCCACUCCAAUUUGCAUGCCGCCCCAACAGAUCACAGAUAAUGCAAUCUCUAUUGCACGCCACACUGCCCUUUCCCACCUACACAAGAGGAACACAUUUACAUUUUAGUCAUUUAGCAGACACUCUUAUUCAGAGCGACUUACAUUUUUUCAUACUGGCCCGCCAUGGGAAUUGAACCCACAACCCUGUCGUUGCAAGCACCAUGCUCUACCAACUGAGCUACAGAGGAGGCCACCUAUGUGAGAAUGCUAUUCAUUGACUACAGCUCAGCGUUCAACACCAUAGUGCCCUCAAAGCUCAUCACUAAGCUAAGGACCCUGGGACUAAACACCUCCCUCUGCAACUGGAUCCUGGACUUCCUGACGGGCCACCCCCAGGUGGUAAGGGUAGGUAACAACACAUCUGCCACGCCGUUCCUCAACACGGGGGCCCCUCAGGGGUGCGUGCUCAGUCCCCUCCUGUACUCCCUGUUCACCCAUGACUGCAUGGCCAGGCACGACUCCAACUCCAUCAUUACGUUUGCCGACGACCCAACAAUGGUAGGCCUGAUCACUGACAAUGAUGUGCCAGGAUAACAACCUCUCCCGCAACGUGAUCAAGACAAAGGAGAUGAUUGUGGACUACAGGAAAAAAAAGAGGACUGAGCACGCCCCCAUUCUCAUCGACGGGGCUGUAGUGGAACACGUUGAGAGCUUCAAGUUCCUUGGUGUCCACACCUCCAACAAACUAUCAUGGUCCAAACACACCAAGACAGUUGUGAAGAGGACACGACAAAGCCUAUUCCCCCUCAGGAGACUGAAAAGAUUUGGCAUGGGUCCUCAGAUCCUCAAAUAGUUCUACAGCUGGCACCCUGACUGGUUGCAUCACCGCCUGGUAUGGCAACUGCUCGGCCUCCAACCGCAAGGCACUACAGAGGGUAGUGCGUACGGCCCAGUACAUCACUGGGGCCAAGCUUCCUGCCAUCCAGGACCUCUAUACCAGGUGUUGUCAGAGGAAGGCCCUAAAAAUUGUCAAAGACUCCAGCCACCCUAGUCAUAGACUGUUCUCUCUGCUACCGCACGGCAAGCGGUACCGGAGUGCCAGGUCUACGUCCAAAAGGCUUCUUAACAGCUUCUACCCCCGAGCCAUAAGACUCCUGGACAGCUAAUCAUGGCUACCCGGACUAUUUGCAUUGUCCACCCCACCCCACCCCCUCUUUUAUGCUGCUGCUACUCUCUGUUUAUUAUCUAUGCAUAGUCAUUUUAACUCUUCCCACAUGUACAUAUUACCUCAAUUACCUCGACUAACCUGUUCCCCCGCACAUUGACUCUUUACCCGGUACCCCCUGUAUAUAGCCUCCCUACAAUUUUUUACUUAAUACUUAUUUUUCUUAAAACUGCAUUGUUGGUUAAGGGCUUGUAAGUAAGCAUUUCACUGUAAGGUCUACACUUGUUGUAUUCGGUGCAUGUGGCAAAUAAAAUUGUAUUUUAUUUUAUUUUAUUUUAUGUGAUCAGUUCAGAGCACAUCCUGUCUCUUCCUGGGUUGGGGUCAAUUCCAUUUCAAUUCAGUCAAUUCAGGAAGCUCCUCCUGAAUUGACUGAAUUGAAAUAUAAUUGACCUCAUCCCUGAUCUCUCAAUAAGAAUAUGGUGAACUGACAUGGAAAUGCUCAAUGUGUGUAAUGUGUAUGUUUUUAUACUUUUAAUGUCUGUUUUUAUCCUUUCAAUGCCAAGAGUGCCAAAGCCAAUUUUCCAUUUUGUGCCAACCUAUUGGACAAUAAAGUUUUUAAUGUACACUGAACAAAAAUAUAAGCGCAAUAUGUAAAGUGUUGGUCCCAUGUUUCAUGAGCUGAAAUUAAAGAUGCCAGACAUUUUCCAUAUGCACAAAAAGCUUAUUUCUCUCACAUUUUUUGCACAAAUUUGUUUACAUCCCUGUUAGUGAGCAUUUCUCCUUUGCCAAGACAAUCCAUCCACCUGACAAGUGUGGCAAAUCAACAAGCUAUAAAAGGCCACUCUAAAAUGUGCAGUUUUGUCACACAACCCAAUGCCACAGAUGUCUCAAGUUCUGACUGCAGGAAUGUCCACUAGAGCUGUUGCCAGAAAAUGUAAUUUUCAUUUAUCUACCAUAAGCCACCUCCAAUGUCGUUUUAGAGAAGUUGGCAGUACGUUCAACCAGCCUCACAACCGCAGACCACGUGUAUGGUGUUGUGUGGGCGAGCGGUUUGCUCAUGUCAACGUUGUGAACAGAGUGCCCCAUGGUGGCUGUGGGGUAAUGGUAUGGGCAGGUUUAAGCAACGGACAACGAACACAAUUGCAUUUUAUCAAUGACAAUUUGAAUGCGCAGAGAUACCGUGACGAGAUCCUGAGGCCCAUUGUCGCGCCAUCCAUCCGCCGCCAUCACCUCAUGUUUCAGCAUGAAAAUGCACGGCCCCAUGUCACAAGGAUCUGAAAAUGUCCCAGUUCUUCCACGGCCUGCAUAUUCACCAGACAUGUCACCCAUUGAACAUGUUUGGGAUGCUCUGGAUCGUGGCCUGUGGAAAACAUUCCACAGGCCACAAUCAACAGCCUGAUCAACUCAAUGCGAAGGAGAUGUGUCGCGCUGCAUGAGGCAAAUUAUGGUCACACCAGAUAUUGACUGGUUUUCUGAACCACGCCUCUACCUUUUUUUGAAGGUAUCUGUGACCAACAGAUGCAUAUCUGUAUUCCCAGUCAUGUGAAAUCCAUAGAUUACGGCCUAAUGAAUAUAUUUCAAUUGACUGAAUUCCUUAUAUGAACAGUAACUCAGUAAAAUCUUUGAAAUGGUUGCAUGUUGCGUUUAUAUUUUUGUUCAGUAUAAUUCUUAUCUAAUCUUCUCCCCUGUAUCUCUCUAGACUCGUUUGAAGCGGAUAUCUGCGGGUCAGAUAAGGAGUUGGACGAGGAGACGUGCCAGUGUGUGUGCAGACGACAGCUUCGGGCCUCGGGCACAUGUGGACCCCACCGCUACCUUGAUAAGAACACGUGCCAGUGUGUGUGUAAGACGCUCCCGUCGUCCUGUGGGCCGCACCAGAUUUUCAAUAAAGACACGUGCCAGUGCUCCUGCGGCAGGACGUGCCCCAAGCACCAGCCGCUCAACCGCAGCAAGUGUGCCUGCGAGUGCAACGAGUCACCCAACAGGUGCUUCCUAAAAGGCAAAAGGUUCCACCAGGCCACCUGCAGGUAA